AUGUCUCACAUUACACCCUCCAAACCCCACCCCCUCCACCACCCCGAACUCCUCGAGAGAAUCCUCAUCGAGACCCACCUCUCCCUCUCCGUACUCCCACCCAUAUUAACAUCCUUCCCCCCUCUCCCCAAACCCUCGCUACACCUUCUCAACCUCCGUACCGUCUCAAAGUUUUGGUAUACAACAAUAACCACCUCUCCAACCCUUCAACGCCUUACCUUUCGAAAUCCAUCGAUCUAUACUCCUUCCUCUAGCUCCUCGUCAAACAGCCAAGAAAUUAUAUCUUCGCUCCAAGACCUUUUUUCAGAAGAGAUGGAUGUUUAUGUUGAAAAUCGGUUAAAACGGAGGAAACCACCGAAUGAUGGCGAAGAUACCACUACUACUUCACAUAAACUCCCAUGGAUGCAUCUCACUACUACUUCACAGAAAAUCCCAUGGACGUAUCUUACCCAACCCGUUGUCAAAACUGUAUAUAUAGACUUCGACCUCCACGAUCGUGUUGCGGCUCUAGAAGUUCCAUGGGAAGUCUAUAAAAGGUCCUUCGACUCAGAAUACGCCGUUAAUAACCCUGAGAAAAAAAUAAAGUGGGAGGGUGAUAGGUUGAUAUUAUACCACGAAAGGGGGAUUACAACGAAUUUUGUGGUGGAAAUGGUGGGGGAGAGUUUGGAUCGGCUUCGUGGGUAUGAAUCUUUCGACAAAGGGUUUUUGAUGCUGUUUCAGAUGUUUAUUAGGUUUGGGAUGGUGGAGAGGGAUGGCGGGGGUGAUGAUGAUGGUGGGAGUUCUGAGAGGGGUAGGAUGGAGUGUAUUAAUUGGUUUCCGUGUAAGGGUCUUAUUUUUAUGAGGUAG